CUUUAAUGGUCCAGCAGACUGCUCUAAUCUUAGUGCCUACUAUAAUAAUAAACUAGUUUUACGAUGAAAAUACACUCGUUCAAGGCUCAAUUAUCUAGCGAAAUAUCGCAUCUUCUCUCGUAUAUCGGUUUACUAAGAGCUAUUACUAUCAUCUGUCGCAUGCAUCUUAUCACUAAAUUAUGUGCACUCUGUUGAAUUAAAGUAUAGUAAAAAUUGCCAACAAUUGGUAUACACAACGACGGGCAUACAUCAUCCGACCACUUGAACUACAGAUAAUAAUAUACGAUUAAACAUCACACGGUUGUGUGCAUUGCGUGAAUUGGCAGAGUCGAGAACGUUCAGGGAAGUAGUCUAGAUGGCGGUAGAUAUAUCUCGAACCGCGGUCAAAAAUUCUAGAAGAUGGUCGCAAGCGCUAAUGGCCGAUCGUGUCACUGGUUGCCUAAACAUACUAGGAGUGUACGCUUGUUUGUUGAAUUGAAUGAUAAGCACGGAUUAGAAACAUUCGAGACUAUGCAUUGAAAUUUAGAUACACAUGUCAAUGUGCUUUGAUCGUUCCUAGAGAUCACACUCCUGACAACUGCCUGACGACACGGUAAAAAAAUUUUCACUAUGGCGGAUGCACCAAAAAUAGAAAAGAUCGAAGAUCUAGUGAGCCAGUACAUCGACAAACAUAAGAAAAUCAUUAAAACAAGUAUAAGCAGGCUAACACAGCCAGGUGAUAACUAUGGAAGUGAAAUGAUGAGAGUUGACAUGGUAUUAAAAGACGAAAAAAGUAAAGAGGAAGAGCUCCAUGUAGUGGCGAAAAUGAUUCCAGAAAGUGACUUUUUCAAAGAAAUUUUCAACGUGCAAGUUAGCUUCGUCAGUGAGAUGCGAUUUUAUGACACAGUGGUGCCAGUCCUGGAAGAUUUUAGAAGAAGGCAAGGAGCUAAGGUGAAGGAUAUUUACCCUAAAUUCUAUGGAGGAAGGAAGAAUUUAAAUGGUAUGGAAGGACCAGUUGAUGCAAACGCUGUACUGUUAAUGGAUAACAUCAAAACGAAAGGUUUCGGCAACCUUGAUCGUCACAAAGGAUUCGAUAUGAAGAGCACCAAAGCCAUUCUUGAAGUAAUAGCUUACUUUCAUGCUACACCUUUAGCUUUGAAACUGAUGGAGCCAGAAACAUUCGAAAAGAAAGUAAAACCGCAUUUGGCUUGUUUCCUUGAACACAAGAAGCCAGAAAAAGAUGACAACUUUGAAGAGAAUUACGUGUCGUUCAUCAGUGAAUGCAAAGAAUGUGCUCCAGCGCUUCCCAUGGUGAAGAAAUGCAUUGAAAAGUCUGAGUACAUGAAAGUAGAGAACUUCAGAGAACCCUUCAGUACUAUUGUACACAAAGACAUUUGGGUCAAUAAUAUUAUGGUGAAAUUCUGUGAAAGUGACGUAAAUAUCAAACUGGUUGACUUCCAGUUUUAUAGCUACGAUAGUCCAGUGGACGAUUUGAUGUUUUUCUUGAUGACCAGUGUACCUCUAGACCUACUUAAAAGUCACCUGGAUGACUUCUUGCAGUGCUAUCACAAAUGCUUCAUUCAAGUACUGGAAGAGCUGAAAUGUAGUACUGUUGGAUUCGGUUACGACAAGUUUAUUGAGGAAAUUAAAGAAAACAUUGAAAAUAUAGUUGUACACAGCUUGUGGUUUCUACCAAUGGUAAUAUUCACCGAAAAGGGAAAAAAGGCCGAUAUAGAAAACAAUAAGAUACAAGUGUCGCCACUGGCGAAAGAAAAAAUUUUGUGGAUGGUUCAGGAGUUUUAUGAACGCGGUUGGUUUGAUAAAUUGCGGUAAAUCAUUUUUAGAGUGUAAUACAGAGUUUUAAGUGUGGGUUGAGUCGAUAAAAAAAGUUUAUUACAAAAAUUGUAGCCAACUGUUUGUUCCUUACGUAAAAAAUAUUUUUAUCUUUACAUGGUGAUUUAUAAAUACGUGGUUACCCAGUAUAUUUUUACAUACAUCUUUUAAAUAAAAGUACCUAUAUUUUAUUGCAGACUUGGACAGGCUCUUUUAAACAAAGCAGUUUGGUACAACAUUUUAUAGGGUUUGAUUUUGUUGAGAUAUUGGACAGCCUAACAAAAAAAAACCCUCAACGUCGACAACUUGCACAUCCGCAGAUGUUGUAGUUAGUGUACUAAAUUUUUCGCCAGGAAAAUUUUGUGAUCCAUAUUUUCUCCCUAUCCACUCUACUCCACUCCUUUAGUCUCCUUGAUAGUUUAUCGUGAUCGAGCGCGCCAACGAUUACCCAAAAUUUUCAAGUGUUUAUUUUCACAAUAUUUGGUUCCGCUUUUAAAAUGUUUUUUGAAAAAAAGCUUAUGGAGGUUUUUACGACUGGUUUUUAGUUACAGCUAACCUGUUUGCGUAUCAGAUAUUGAGGUAAAUGAAAAAUAUUACAACACCUUUCAAAAUUAAAAUAGUAUCAUAUUAAGUUGAUCUCAGUAGAUCACUAGAAUUGGCAUGCCUUAUUCAUUUUAAAUUAAAUGUACUCAACCUUGUUCAAUGGAGUUGAAAAGCCAAGAAGAUGCCGGCGUGUUUUUAGAAACUAAAAAAACAGUCGUACACAGGGCCGGCUACAGGCGGUUAGCAAGUGAGGCAGCCGGCUCAAGGUGCAGUGUCCUGGGGGUACUAAUGUCUUCAUUAGUAUGAACAAACCCCCAUAAGCCUGAUGACAGAAAACGGCUUGUGAAAAGACGAAUCAAAAAGUGUACAGGGUGUUCCAGUUGAAAAUUAUGAGAAAUAGUUUAUUUUGUAUUCUUGACCUGAAUUAAAGAUGGAAUAAAAAAGAAAUGAAUGAUUACGUAAAUUAUAUGUUUGGAGGGUUGAGUAAUGAUGUUUUAACUUUUUGUCGAAAGACAGGUAAUGAAAAUUCUUUAUAUACUUUAGGAAGGUCAUUAUAAAUAAUAGCAACAUUCUAAGAAAAACUGCGUUUAAAAAGUGUAGACGUAUGCAGGGGUAUUCUAAUAUAAUUUUCUCUGAGAGUUCUACAGUGAACAGCAUUAUUAAAUAAAAUUUUGUCCUUCAAGUAAUAAGGUUUAGACGUGAGCAGCAAUAUGUGAACAAAAACUGAAUAGUGAUACUUGACCAUGUCAUUAAUUUUUAACCAGUUUAGAACGGGAUAUUUCGCUGAUACAUGAUCAAAUUUACGUAAGCCAAAAAUGAAUCGUAUGCAACUGUUUUGAAUAACUUGAAUAAUGUUUUUAGUGAAAUUGUCUCAACAAGUAUAGUAUACGAUAUUACAAUAAUUUAGUAUAGAUAUGACCAAUGCUUCACAUAGUUUUUUACGCAACUUAAAAUUUAGUAAAUACCUGUUUGCUAUAAGAGUGCGCUGCCGUAGGUAGGUUUUCUGAGAUAGACUUUUAACAUGUUCAAUAAACCUUAAUUUUCUAUCAAAAACAACACCAAGAAUUUUUGCAGAAUCAUAAAAUUGCAAAAUUUGGUUAUUUAUCUGAAUGUUCAAGAGCUGUGUUACAUUGUAUGUUUUUCUUUGUGCGCAAAAUAAUAACAUUUUAGAUUAAUAAGUAGAUUGUGAUCUAAAGACUAUUUAAUUAAUUUAUUAACAUCGUUUUGUAAAAUUUGAGUAGUAUUAUUGACAUUAUCUGGGUUAAAAUAAUGGAGCAAUUGCAUAUCGUCUGCAAAUGACUGGACAUGAGAAUUAUCAAUACUUUUGCUUAAGUCGAACGUAUAUAUGAGGAACAGAAGCGGCCCCAAUACAGAGCCCUGAGGUACGCCUGAGGGAAUUAUUGUCACUUGAAACAUUUCUUGAUUGAGAAAAACACACUGAGUUCUUUGAUGAAGGUAACUGUCGGAAAAUGAAAGGGAUACACUGUCAAGACCUAUGUAAUUUAAUUUAGCAAGUAAUAAUUUAUGAUUGAUGCUGUCAAAGGCUUUCGAAUAGUCUAUAGAGAUUAAGGCUAGUGCCAUUUUCUUAUCUAAGGCACUUAAAAUAUUGUCUUGCAGAUUAAAUAGGGCAGAUGUACUAUAUUUUUUUCUAAAACCGGAUUGAGUGUCGGGAAGUAUAAAGAAUUUUUCUAGGUAAGCGGUCAAUUGGAACUUUAUAAUUUUUCUAAAAUUUUGAUAGGUUUGAGAUCAUUAUACUCAGUGGGUUUCAUUUUUUUAGGAAUUGGAAUAAUUAGAGCUUGUUUCCAUGUGUUUGGAAAGUAGCUUUUUUCCAAACAGUCGUUAAAGAUGUGGACGAUGUGUUGGAGAAUAACUGGCAGGCAAAGCUGGAUCAUUGACAGGGAUAUACCAUCAAUUCCCUUCGCAUCAGAUUUUAGGCUCCCUAUUGCCUGUAAUACGUCAUUUGAACUAAUCUUAUUCAAUGAAAAAAUAUAUUCAGAGCUUAAUUUAUUUUUGAAAUAGUUUUCGCAAACUAGGGAAUCAACAGGUUUAUAGCUAUAAACAGACAUAAAAUAAUCAUUAAUUUUGGUAGGGUCAUUAAAACCUGCCGGAAGGGUUAAUGUUUGUACUUGAUUUCGAGCUCUGACCAUUUACUGGCAAAUUAUCUACUGACUAAUUUGACAGUCACCAAACAGUCAGAAGUUUCUGUACGAAUAGCGGAUUACCUUUCUUCUUACCUUUCUCAGCCAACUCUUAGCGUUAUCAUGUGUCAGUGACAGCUAACUGCGUAAACUAGGUCAUGACCUGUCGCCGACUAUCAGUUUGCUGAUUGUCAGCAUAGAGGCUGUACGAACAAACCAUAAGUAGAUAGGGAAUCAAAAUGGGACCCAAACAUUUUUCUGUCGGAAAAUUCAGUACACCAGCUGUAACAGUUGCGGAGGUGUCAGAUAUCAAAGUUGACUGUUUUUCUUCGAUAGAUUGCACAAUAUUUUAACAAUUUUGAAAUGAAAUUCUAUGUUAUGUGAUUUCAAAUUGUUUAAUUUGAAGAGAUCUUUCUAAAUAUGCAAUAAGGCUUUUGAAUUAAAAAAUGUAUGUUUGCGUCUUCACGUAGUUAUGAAUUAAUUUACAGAGAUAAAAAUACUUUCCGGUAAGGAGCAUGUACCUGGAUACAAUUUUUGUGUUCAACUUUCUUGGAUACCAUUGGAAAUAAUGUGGUUAUCCACCAAGCUCAUACCAAAAACUCACCCCGUAUAUAAUUAGGUUCAAAUAAAUAUACCGAACAAAGAUGAAGGUGAAAACCAAAAAUUAGGUAUACGAAUUGUUAUUUUAUUAUUAUAAGUUAUAUAAUGAAAUGUACAUAUGUGCAAUUGAUUAUACCCGCUUCUCCCCUCAGGUGAAGCACUGUAAAGUAUAUAGGUUAUAUGUUUUGCAUUAGCUUAAGGGAGGUUGAUUUCGGACAAAGAAAUGCUAUAUUUAAGAUAAUGUAACAGGCAACGGACAUUAUUUAUUCAACAUUUUAAUCGAACAAUAAAUACUUUUCAAAUGUGUAAUUAUAAUAAGCAGUACGUGAGGUAUCUCUCAGCUUGUUUGGCCGCCAAAUUGUACAAAGGUUAUUAAACAUAUCUUCACGACUAAACCGAUUUUAAUUUUUUUACAUUAUACAUGUUUCGAAUAAUUCAAUAAUCAAUGAAAUAUACGCUAGGAUAAAUAUUUUGCAGCCCUAAAACCACGAUUCCGAUCUCGUGAUCAUCCUUUUGAAUACUACUCGCAUACAUAUUGUCAAGUUUCGGAAUAGAAUUCAAAGCACAUAUAAGUGCACACAUAAUCAUACUGGUAGUACCCAGUCUUAUAGUCAGAGAUUCUAUCUUUGAAAAAUUUGGAAUGCUUAGUUGUUUUUAGUGGUAAUAUUUGCAAAUAAUGCCUUAAAGAGUAUUAAAAGCAACACUUUGAGCAGUUCGAAAGUGGUUUUAGCUCUAUUAAAAUAGAUCGUCUUACAUGCAUACGUAGUGCAUACUGCGUUUGCAAAAUGAUAAGAAUUAAUGACACUAAGAUAUCCCUAGAAUUUUUGGAUUAAUCGAAAAAUGGGCAAAAUGGCCCAUCCAUGUGUGGAUGGAAUAUAACUCAUAAACAAAUACAUUUUGGGAAAAUUUAUUUAUAAGAUGUUAUAUGUACAUGACAUUUGAGGGCAC